AAAAAUAAUAAUAAUUCCCCGCCACCUCGGUUCCUCCAAAGAAAAACAUUAGUUUGAUUAUUGGGAAGAACAAGAAAAUUUAGUGAUUAAAAUAAAGCAUGAGAGAGACAACAAAAAGAUUCCAUAUUUAUAUAUGAAUUUCAUCUAACAUUAAAGUUUUCACUGUCACCAUUGUUACUAUUUUAUACUACUAAGUACUUUACAUAUGUUAUGAUUUUUCAAGAUUUGAAUCUUUCUAAGUUCAGACCAUUUCUUUCUCCUUAUUUUUCUCUAAACUUUUGAAGGUAGAUAACCAAUAUUUAGAAACCAAACUACAAAACCCAAAUCUUUUUCUACUUCUUUUUCCUCUACUUUUUAUGGAGAUUCUGAAAUUAUGGAAGCCUCAGGAUUUAUUUGUCAUAAAGACAUCUAAGCAAUCGCUAAGGGUGGUACUUGUAGUAUUUGCAGUGGUUUGUGGAAUUUAUAUUUUCUCAAUGUGUAUAAACCAAACAAGUAAUUAUCUUUCACAAGCUAAUUCACUAAGCAUCCAUGUGAUUAAUCGGCAUAAUUGUCAUUAUCCUGUUUUUCAACAAGAAGCUAUCCAUUACUUGCAUUUUCCAAAGCCUCAAACUUUUAACAGGAAGGAAUGUGCGUGCAAUCCUGUUCGAUUUUUCGCGAUUUUGUCGAUGCAGAGAUCAGGGAGUGGAUGGUUUGAGACAUUGCUAAAUAGUCAUAUAAAUGUGAGCUCCAAUGGAGAAAUCUUUGGUGCUAAGUCAAGAAGGACUAAUGCUUCAGUAGUAUUGGAAAUUAUGGAUAAAGUCUUUAAUCUUGAUUGGUAUAGCAGUUCAUCCAAGAAUGAGUGCUCUGCUGCUGUUGGAUUUAAGUGGAUGCUUAAUCAGGGAGCUUUCGAGUAUCAUGAGGAGAUAGUGGAUUACUUCAACAGAAGAGGUGUUUCUGCAAUAUUUCUAUUCAGAAGAAAUCUGCUACGCAGACUGAUCUCUCAACUUGCUAAUUCCUAUGACAAGGAUACUAAACCAUUGAAUGGAACACACAAAUCCCACGUCCAUUCUCCAUAUGAGGCUGAAGUAUUGGCAAAAUACAAGCCAGUGGUGAAUAUGACAUUACUAAUACCAAAUUUGAGGCAUGCAGAGAGGAAGGCUGCUAAAGCUUUGGAAUGCUUUAAGAGCACUCGACACAUUGUUCUUUACUACGAAGAUAUAGUCCAAAAUCGCACUAAACUAGCUGAUGUCCAAGAGUUUCUAGGGCUGCCUCAAAGAGAACUCAAAAGUGGUCAGGUUAAGAUACAUAGUGGCCCUCUGUCCCAACAAAUACAGAAUUGGGAUGAUGUGAAGAAAAAGCUCAAGGGAACACCCUAUGAGACAUUUCUUAAUGCAGACUAACUAUACUACUAUAUAUAGUAAUACCAAAGACAACACCUUCUAUUAAAAUAGAUUGGCUAUGAAGGUUCCGCGCAGUCAGAAAUUAAUACAGAUGAAAAGGACUUCAACAAUUUCUCAUUCUCUGGCAGACGUCUCAGUAGAAUUCGAAUCCAGAUGAAGUUUUGACCAUCUAUCAUAGAGAAAAGAACGACGGGAUCUUGUUGGACAUAUAUAUACAUUGAUUUGUUCUCUAAUUCCAGCCCAGUUCUAUCUUGUAAAUAACAGCCUCAAUUAUCAAAUUCGGAAGAAAUACUCGUCACAUUGCUUGUAGGACAUUUUUGUUUCU